AUGGCAAAGAUGUCCAAAUUGUUACUGUGUUUUACCCUCCAAUACUUCUUCGUCAUUGCUUGUAGCGCUAACCCAGCAUUCAAGAGCAUUUCCACUGAUGAAUCUGCACUUCUUUCCAUCAAGUCUCACGUAACAAACGAUCCCUUCAGCAUAUUAGCUACCAAUUGGACCAAAGGCACCUCUGUUUGCGAUUGGGUCGGCAUCAGUUGCAAUUGGAAGCGCCAAAGAGUUGCGGCUUUGGAUCUAUCCGGGGGACACUUCCAAGGCACAAUUGCCAAAGAAGUUGGGAAUCUCUCCUUCCUUGUGUCUCUUGACGUAAGCGGAAACAACUUCUAUGGUUUCAUCCCAGAUCAAAUCGGCAAUUUGAGGCGAUUGCGAUAUUUGUACAUGCAGGACAAUACGCUAAGCGGGCUGAUCCCCAAAAGCUUAGAGUACCUUACUCGAAUGGAAUUAAUCCUGAAUAAUAACAGUCUAAGUGGUCCAAUCCCUCGGUCGAUUUUCAACAUUUCUUCGUUGCGGGCUAUUGGUUUCAUGAACAACUCCCUUAAUGGGACACUUCCUGAUGAUCUCUGUACUAAUCUCCCGAAACUGGAAUACUUUAAUGCGUCAGUCAAUCACAUCGGUGGCGAGAUUCCAGCUACCCUGUCUCAAUGCUCAGAGAUCAAAGUCCUGCGCUUUGGGACCAACAAUUUUAAGGGUUCCAUCCCUGCAAGUAUUGGAAACCUCUCAAAAACUGGAGUGGUUGCGUCUUGGUACCAACAGUUUGACAGAUGCACUGCCUUUAUCGCUCUUCAACAUAUCAUCAUUGAGGGAACUAGUAGCUCCGUAUAA